UUAUUUAUCAUUACUUUACCUGUCGGAUGAACGUCCUGAAGGUGCUGUCAGGUUUAGGUGACAGAGAUGUUACCCAGAUGAAGAUGGUCCUUAGUUGCCGAACGAGUUAAACAAAGUCAUGUUUUAAUAUGCCCGCACAUUUUGCUAAAUUCUAUCAACAUAGCAACUAACAAGUAAUAUUGAAGUAUUCCUUAAUACAACCGAGCAGCGUUUUUGUUUUUUGUUUUUUUUACGACACACGGGGCAGUUUUACGGCACAUUCUUAGCCGUAUAACAGAUUGAGAUUAUUUUUUUCAAACAAAAUCAGUGGGUGCAAUAAGUGUAUGUUGGUCUUUAAAAGACAAGGAGGGAGGACAACUGUUUCACUCGAAAAUGUGUAUAUUAUCAUACACUCUCUCUUCAAGUAACAUCCUUGGACGGUCUAGUCACGUGGUUGGAACGACGACAGGAACGCUGUAAAGUGGCGCAUGUCAGUUGCACGUCUCGACGUCAGCGAGAUGGCCGGUGGAGUGGCAGCACGGAGAAAGCCGAGUGCUGCUUCCCCGUCCCCUCUGUGGGGGACACUGCACUCACUCUGGCAGGAGAAGCACUUGGUGCUGUUCAAGCCAGAGUACACGCUGCUGGUCGUCUCUCUGCUGUGGCUGUUGGAGAUUGGGAUCAAUGUGUGGGUCGUGCAGAAAGUUGCAUACACGGAAAUUGACUGGAAGGCCUACAUGGAUGAGGUGGAGGGAGUCAUCAAUGGAACUUAUGACUACACGCAGCUUAAAGGAGACACUGGCCCACUUGUGUAUCCAGCUGGCUUCGUGUACAUCUUCACGGCUCUCUACUACAUGACCAGCUCCGGUGUAAACAUCCGCCUGGGUCAAUACAUUUUCGCAGCGUUCUACCUCAUCACCCUGCUGCUGGUGUUCCGCAUCUACUACCGUACGAAGAAGGUCCCCCCUUAUGUCUUCUUCUUCAUGUGUUGUGCCUCCUAUCGGAUCCACUCCAUCUACGUGCUGCGCCUCUUCAAUGAUCCGGUGGCAAUGAUGCUGUUGUUUGCUGCCGUCAACCUCUUCAUGGAUGGCCGCUGGACGAUGGGCUGUGCUGUUUACAGUUUAGCAGUGUCUGUAAAAAUGAACGUCCUCCUGUUCGCACCGGGGCUGCUGUUCCUGCUCCUGUCUGAGUUCGGAUUAGCCCGGACGAUCCCAAAACUCUCUCUGUGUGCAGGCAUACAGCUUGUCUUGGGUCUCCCCUUCCUCUUGGAGAAUCCGGUGGGUUACGUGAGCCGGGCCUUCGACCUCGGGCGGCAGUUCAUGUUCAAGUGGACGGUCAACUGGCGCUUCCUUCCCGAAUGGCUCUUCUUGAAUCGAUACUUCCACUUACUUCUCCUGGCAGCUCACCUGCUCACUUUGCUGCUGUUCGCCCUCAGAUGCUGGAAAAGGUCAUGUGAUGGCACCCUUGACCUGCUCAAGAAUCCCACAAAAAGGAAGGUCCCCCCCCAGAAAAGUACUGUCGAUGAGAUUGUCCUGGUCUUGUUUACGUCUAACUUCAUUGGCAUGUGCUUCAGUCGUUCGCUGCACUACCAGUUCUACGUUUGGUACUUCCACACUCUUCCCUUCCUGCUGUGGAGCGGAGGUGUGAAGAAGCUGGGCCAUCUGCUGCGGGUGUUGAUCCUAGGCCUCAUCGAGCUCUCGUGGAACACCUACCCUUCAACAUGCAGCAGCUCGGCCGCCCUCCACGCCUGCCACUUCAUCCUCCUCCUCUCCCUCUGGUUAGCGCCGCAACCUCCCGCAACAAAAGGGAGCACCACAGCCAAGGACAAAGGUCAAUGAGCUCCAGUCAGGUGGGACUAUCUGAACUGAAGAGCCGUGCCGAAGGUGCAUCGGUUCAGCUCAAAGUGGAGGAGGUCUGAGCUCAAAAGACUCGGAGACUUGUGACAGGAAAGAAUGUUAAGAGGUUGUUACAGAAGCUUUAUUUCUCACGGGACACUCGAACCACUGCAGAGAAGAGUUGUUGCAUUCUGGAUUUUUCAUAAAAAGACAAUCAUGGUUGUAUUGUCAUGUGACUUGUUUGUGUGACGGUAAUUUUCCAAAUCACAAGUACAUUGAUGUCAAUAGUCGACUGAAACAGUUUUAUAUUAAAAAGUGUUAUAAUUUUACAAUCUUUGGGGUCAUUUUUCA